ACUGGCUGAAGGCGUGUCAGUCAUUAGAGGAAGCAGCUGAUUGGUUAUGGACGGGAAAGUAGGUCCUGAAAGGGUGGGGACAAUUUCACACUCUGGGGGGAAAGUGCCGGGCUGUCUGAAAGCUUUGUUUCUUAAGCUAGUGUGUUGUUUUAGAUGGGCGCCUGUUUCUCCAAAGUGUUCAACGGCUGUCCUCUCAAAGUGAACUGCGCUGUCACGUGGAUUCGACCAGACACAAGAGAUCAGUACCUGAUCCUGGGUGCAGAGGAGGGAAUGUACACUCUGAACCUCAAUGAACUUCAUGAAGACACCAUGGAGAAGCUCGUUCCUCAGAAAUGUUCCUGGCUCUAUGUAAUGAACAAUGUCUUGAUUUCUCUGUCUGGGAAGUCCUCCCAGCUCUACUCUCACAACCUGACAGCUCUGUUUGAUCAGAAGAGACAUCUACUGAAGAGGCAAAGCCAGCUGUCCCUCAGCACCAGCCGCCUGACUGAACGAAUCAUCCCCAGGAAGUACGCUGUCUCAACCAAAAUCCCCGAUACCAAGGGAUGCCUCCGUUGCAGUGUGGUGCGGAACCCCUACACAGACAGCACCUUCCUGUGUGGAGCGCUGCCUUCCAGCCUCGCCCUGCUGCUGUGGUACGAGCCCCUACAGAAAUUCAUGCUGCUCAAGCACUUCGGGGUCUCUCUCCCAGACCCCCUGCCUGUCUUCGAGCUGCUGGUGCAGGGGAGUGAUGAGCUGCCGUGGGUGUGUGUGGGCGUGCGAAAGCCCUUGCGACCCAAUCAGGAGCUGGAAUUCAACAUCAUCCAUCUCAAUGACACGGCCAGCCCCAAAACAGCGAUGACUUCCGCCUGA